CAGGCAGGCGGUGAGGGGCUGGCUUGACUGCCGCCUAGAAAACGAAAGCGGAGCUCGGCAGCAGAAAAGAGGGAGUCGCGCUCAAACAGUGAUCAUUGGGGAGCGCGCCGGGAUGCCGCGGUUCGCCGCCACGUCGUCCUGCCGAGGCGAGCGUAGUCGCGCGCCGUGCCGGCCUCAGCAGCAGCAGUCCGUCAGCCGCACCGACGUGCACGUGCGUGCGCGGGAGCCACCGCGCUGGCUUACUCGUGUGUGCGCGUGAGCGGAGCCAUGAAGCUGCAACGACGUCGCACCGCCCGUAGCAGCAGCAGCAGCGAGUACCCGUCGCGACGCCGUCGGACCGCGUCGUCGUCGUCGCUGUGUACUCGGGCAGCUUCAGCAUCGUCGAGUGCGCCCCUGCCAGCCAUGGGCUGAUGCGCGCACAGCGCGAGGACACGGCGUGCCGCGUGUGUGUGUUGUUUUCUCGAGAGAAACAGCGAGUGAGCGAGCGAACCUUGUUGUUUUACUAACAACGACGACGACGAACCUUCUUCGUCUCCCGUGGUGGUGGGAAAAGACCGUGUAUAAUAUUUCUGCCAAGUUGUCUACACACACACACACACCUCUUCGGCACUCGGAGUUCUUCUGGACGGGAAGCGACCACAACGUUUGAGUUGGAACAUCCCGUCGGGCGCUGACGAGUUCCUCUUCCUCUUGGAGCCGUAGCGAAACAAAACCUGAGAACCAGAUCGACUGAAAACCUCCUUCGUCUUCUUCUGCGCUACUUGUUUGGACACAGCCGCGAGAAACUUCACAAGAGAGCCCGCAACGACACUACCCGUCCCAGCUCUGCAGCGUCGUCACUCGUGCGACGUGCGGGGCCCCAGCAGUUCGGUGCCGUAAGCGCGGCGAGCGAUGAACGGCGGCGCCGGCCUCUACGAGGAGAGCCGCUCGAGCCUCGAGGCGCCCCAGCCGCUGCACAUCCCGGCCAAGCGGCUCGCGUACGGCCAGGCCGACUGCGCCGCCGACCCGAUGGCCGCCGCCGGGGGCGUGAUCCGCCAGUCACCGUGGGCCUCGCCCUGGCCCGGCGCCGAGGCGGCCUUCGAGGCGCCGCACCACUACCAGCAAGGAGGGAUACGCGACUCGGCCAGCUACUUCUACCCCGCGGCCGCCGACCGCAAGCCGUUCAACCUGUGGCCCGCGGCCGCCAAGGGCUACGAGCUGGGCCCGACGGCCGCCGCCGACGCGUGCCAGGCCUACUCGCAGGCCUGGUGCCCGUACCCGGCGGCGGCUGCGUACCCGGCGCCGCAGGCGGCCCGCGUCGUCGAGCCCAGCGCGGCCGCAGCCGCGUACCUCCAAGCGGCCGAAGAGCAGCAGCAGCAGCAGCAGCAGCAGCACCGCGUGGUGCCGCCCCCUCCACCGCCGCCUCCGCCGCCACCGCCGCCGCACCCGGCGCCGCCGCCGCCGAACCGCAGCGAUGCCUUCGCCGCGGCCUACUCGGACGGCUACGGCCUCAGGGCGGCCGCCGCGGCCGAGGCCCACGGUCCGCCGCCGUACGUGCCCGUCAGCACCGAGAGUUACGGCAGACCAGGAAUCCGGUCACGGUACGGCGCGCAGUACGGGUUUGGCGCAUGCGCAGUGCCGGCGGUGAGCGAGUCGCUGACGGCCAACCCGCUGGAGUGGACGGGCAACGUGACGGUGCGCAAGAAGCGUAAGCCUUACUCCAAGUUCCAGACGCUGGAACUGGAGAAGGAGUUUCUCUUCAACGCGUACGUGUCCAAGCAGAAGCGCUGGGAACUGGCGCGCAACCUCAACCUUACCGAGCGCCAGGUGAAGAUCUGGUUCCAGAACCGCCGCAUGAAGAGCAAGAAGAACAGCCAGCGUCAGAACUCCGAGAACGCCGCCAACAGCCACCACAACGCCGCGGUCGUGGCGGCAAAGUAGCUGCUGGCCUGAGCAGACCUCCACCACCACCACCACCUCAUCAUUCACAGUCACCACUUCCUCCUGAUGCACACGGUGGACUCCAGGGGGCGCGCGCCGCCUACCGGCGGUCCCGCAGAGAAACGAGGGAAAAAGCAUGCUAAAGUUGUCCAUUGUUGGCCAUUCUUGAAGCCGAAGAACGUAGCUGGCUACCGGCAGCGAGCCCAGUACUCGGGACAAAUUGGAGCAAUGCGUCAUCUGUAACGAGCCUAGUUACAAUGCGCAUAAGACCUGCUUUAUUGCUAACGCAUUGAAGUUCCAGUUAGUUCGUCGAUGUCCGCACAGCGAUGCGCAGCAAAAGAAAUACGAAUGUUUUAAUCGAAUCAUUCCCGGAGUCUGGUGCUCCACUUACUCGAUCUGGAUGUGCACAAAUCUCUGCUCAUAAGGAACAGAUGAGACUUAUUACAUGUCUAAAGCAUAGAGAAAAGACAGACAGAAAGAAAGUGAUCGUUGAACAUCAUCGGCUGAUUGGAUUUUGAUGCUGCUGGCGGCAGCAGUUCCCAUCACUAUAUCCGGCGAACACGCCACGAUGGUCGACAGUCCGCUGCAUGCCCCUGCCCUCAUCGACGGGUCCUUCGUGAACUGUGCCCUGGCUAGCGCCCCUUGGACGCUGUACGAGGUGCCGCCGCCGUGUGAGCGCCGCCCAUAUAUACAUAGGCUGCUGCGGCGGCCAACCUUCUCCUGCGUGCACCACACACACACACAUAACCUUCGUGCAAGCACGAGUACGCGACUGCCCUGCUGAGGACGGUCAACCUCGAGUCAGCGGGCGCCCGCGAGCGAAAGCGAUGAUCUCUCCCUUGUUCGGCGGCCGCCGCCAGGGCCUUCCUUCGCCGACCUUCCGGACCAUACUAUGGCUAGACCGCUGUGCCACGGCCUAUGUGCGACGUCCUUCUUUUGAGAGCCUCGACACGCGUGGACCUCCGUGGAACUGUGCGGGACACGAGAGUGACGUCGUGCUUUCGUGGGGGGUGGUGGCCUUCGGUUCAACCCCCCGCUCCUUGCCCCCGGCACUUAGCGCGGGGUUGCGUUCUGUCUGUGUGUGUUCAGUGCGUGUGUGUACAUAUAAGAGGUGUGCGCGCUACGUGUGGAUCUCUCGGGGAGCUUCGCGUCGUCCCACCCGGUGGGCGCUUUUUGUUCUUUCCCGAGGCGUCCGCCGCCAACGACGUGGUCGUCGUCGCCUUCGACGAGUCAUCAUCCCGCCAACCCAAGUCUCAGCCACUACCUCCCUGCUCUCAAACGCGCCCUCUCCCCCUUCCUCCUCCUCGCCCGUUGCUGCCGCUCCCGAGUGAGCCUCAACCGCCGUCUCUGUUGAGAACUGCGUGAGUCCGCUCUCCUCCUAAUCGAGUGCGCGCGAGGUGUGUGCUUGUUCAUCGGACUUUCAUAAUGUGACUGAGUGUUCGUGCGUUUUUCUUUUUGUAUUUGUUUCUGUUGUUGGCGUCUUGUGAGAAAAAAAAAUUGAAGCGUGCGUUUCUGGUGACGUCGUUCCUUGCGUGAACUAUGUGGUAUAGCCACGCUGAGCUGAUCUCGAGGCCUGAGGCGUGGCACCUUUCUGACGUGCAAUCCCCUCUACAGUAGGGGCAUACUUCAGUUAUGCUAAGCACGCGUUCGUUUUGUGGAAUGCAGGUGACCCAUUUCGUGCCCGCCAAAAUUUUUACCGUGAUCAAUUAUUGUGGGGCCGUGCGGUUUCACGAAUUCAGCGAUGCAAUUUCAUUUGUCGAACGAAGUUAAUAACCUACGGUACGCUGCGUUAGCUUUAGAGGUAUACUCGCAUUUCCGCCUUUGUCGUACCCUGCAAAGUCUUCUGCAGGGCCGUUAAUUCGAUUUCUGUUUCCAUUUGUCCCGAGUAACGAUGGCUCUUAUGAUGUGAAGUGCUCAGUCAAUAUGUACUAAGCUCAGCUCGCUUGCUUUCGCGAGCUCCCUCAGUUCACAUCUGAGAGGCAUUUGCUGGAUUUUGGUCGGACAGCAUGUACUACAUCGUCCGUUUUCGAUUAUCAUCUCGUUACACGUGGUUCCUCAGUGAGUGUAGCCCGUGCAAUACUAUAAGCUAUGGCGCUGUCAUUCUUGAGCCAAGGCGACACGAUGCUCAAGACGCAAGUUGCAUCUAUAGAACAGAGUAAGAUGUUCAUGCGAGGAUUGCGAGGAAUCAAGAACAUCGCUUUUCCUUUGUGAAUUGUAACAAGGAUAGACGACAUUAAAAAAAAUAAAGAAAACGUAAACGAACAAAUGUUGACAGUGUCUUCGCCAGGGCCUUUUGAUCGCUCAGCGGUUUUUUGCACGCGACGAAUCGGCGAAGCGAGAGUUCAGCAUGGUUCGACCCAGUCGCUCGCUUCGGGCGCUGUCAAGGGACUCUAGUCUGAGCACCCCUCCUCAUCAUCUUUCCAUGUGUACAGACCGUGUGCGUGUAUCUCGAAUGUAGUUUAUUAUUAAUAUUAUAUUAUAUAUAAAUAUAAAUAUAGUAUAUGUGGUGUAGUCUCUAGACCAUCGGUUGCCGUCGGGCUUACCUUUUUCUCUCCUUCCGUGGACGCUGGCGAUGAACAAUCGCCCUGCCAUCAUUGUAAUCUUAUACCCGUGGCAAGCUCUAGGCGCUGGCAUACGUGUGAAGCUCUCCGCUACACAAGUAUUUGGCAAUUAUACAGUGAUUCCCUACCGUGGUUCAAAAGAAAGACGUUGCGCAUGCGCAGUUAGGUGCGACGAGUUAUCGCGAAGCGCGCGAUUGUUGGUGCACACGGGAAGGGGAGCCAAUUACAAGAUCUCAAUCUUACCAGGAGAAAAUGGCGUUUAUAUAAGCCGCGCAAGCAAACUUGAACGGAUGGCUUUAGAGCACCCAAUCGACGAGGGAGAUUGGAACGCACGAGGAAACAAUUGCGGUGACUGACACAAACUGACGGACACUGGACAAUCGUCUGCGAUAAAUGAAUAUGCCCAUACGCUCUCCUUACCUUAGAAGCACGCAACGAUCGAUAGAACGAAAAACGAUACGCACGAUUGGCGUGAUGUUAACAAAACAAAACACUGAAACAGCGAUUUGUUUGUUCGAAAAUGCCUUUGCUAUGCUUUUGAAAUCACAUUUUCGCUCUGGACAACUCGUAUCGCGUUGGUCGAGCGCGCUUGUAACUUCAGGCAAGAGUCGGAAGAACAAAAAGAAUAUGGAGAAAUGAACUAUCUUCAUACUUUAUAUAUUCCACUACCCCAAUAUCUUCCUCGUCGAUGGCGCAUCGCGCAGAACAUCACGAUGUAGUCACCUGCUCGUUGCACAAGAGUACGGGCACGGCUUCGCGCAGAGCGUCGUCGUCCCCCCUCCGUCUCGCUCUAGGAGUGUAGAAGCGAGGCCGAAGUCGUCGUCUGAUGGGAGGAGCCGCCUCUGGCACCGCCGCUGCUGCAACGCGUCGAGGACGUCGAAACGCGGCUGCUUUCUCUCUUGCUAGUCGCGAACGCACGCGCUCGUACACGCACCAGCGGCCCCCUCGUAUCUGCGCGAGAACCGAGCGCCAUUGCAGUGCAUGAUAGCGUGGCGUAUCUCGCCCCCCCCCCCCCCCCUCCCCCGCUAGAACAAGCAGCAGCAGCCGACAGCGGCUGCCAAUCGAGCCGUACCCCCCCGCCCAGCCCGCCCAACCGCUCCCUGCGGGGGCAAGCAAGGCAGGCCGUUUCUGCAUGUGGGGGCCUCGGCUUCUUUCGGCGUCGUGGUUCGUGGUGGUGACGGCGGUGGCGUAAUGCGAUUCCGGUCACGUAUGUUCCCCUGCCGCGUCCGUCGGGCACGAUCUCAGCCCUCCUCCUCCUCCUCUCUCUCCUUAUUCUCUGUAUCUCUUUGUUUUCUGUUUUCUUUCUUCCGCAGUCUACCUCGGUGUUUGCAUCGCGUGCGCAAGCAAAGUGCCUGUAAGCGAUUGUGUGGGCCAGCGUUGAUCCCGCUUUGAGAACUUACGAAUGCUUGACUUAAUUAAGAGGUUUCGUAACGAAAAAGUUUUGCAACGUAACUGCGGGAUGAACCGCGUACGCAGUCUUUGCCUUGAAUGAUGUCUCUCUCUCUCGGAGCGUUGUGUAAGGUUAUCCUUGUUCCUCGAUGCAGGAAAAUGGCAGCCUUCUGGGGUUCGGUUAAAUUGCGCGCUAAAUCACCCCUGUGGUGUAGGGGUAAGCUAUGGCACCUUGUCUCUCUGUAAUGCGAAGUUUGCAGGCAGCGGAAACGUCUAGCCUGGUCUGAUCACGCGUGUGGGGGCUUUCCGUUUUCUUCGUUUGUCGCUGUUGCUACCGAGUACAAACGAGCAACGUCUGCCGCGGUGCGAAUGUAUGCAUAACAAUAACACUGAUUAAUCGGCCUACGUUUACCGUGGGCCUGGAUGUAGUUGAUUCCUAUACCAGGAUCGCCCCUUCACAGAGAAAAACGUUUUAGGACACUGGUCCAGACGGGUUUCAGCACUCAAGGCCUUAGGGGCUCUGCUGAAGUUCUUAAGGGCUUGGGAAUUGUGCUACCGAGUUUGAACGUUGCAGCGCGUAGGGUCGCGUUAUUGUACGAAUUUUUCUUACUUUAAUUUUUUAUUUGUUUCUUUUAUCACCUUUUAUUCCCUUUACUCCUUUCCCCAGCACAGGGUAGCCAGCCGGUACUUACACUGGCUAAACUCUUUUCCUUUCUUUCUCUCUUUCCUAUCUUUCCUUCUCUCUCCUAUGCCACACUUCUCGCUGCUAACAAAGUGCAACGCGUAGUUUUCUCUUCGAGAUCAUGACCAUGUCGCUUGUAGGUUUGCGCUUAGCUGCUGCCUCGUUCCAAACGACAAGAGUUUGGAGAUUAGUCCAACGAAAAUCGUCGUCAUCAUACGCGGAAGGUAAUUUUGCGCGCAUUACGAAAACCACAGGGAUGACCGUUCCCGUAAGUCUGCGCCGUAACUCAAGGCGGCGUCAACGCCUCACUGUGACGCCACAAUCAAAUGAGACAGGACGCCGGCUAGGGUUAAAACCUCAAGGAAGAAAAACGGAAAAAGAAACGAUGUUUGGAUCCCCAGACGAGAGAGAGCCAUCUUCACUAAGGAGGACAAUAAAGUGAGCGCUGGGUUAUGUGUGGCUGAUAACGUGACCUAUGGUGUCAGAGCAGCUCCGAUUAAGACUUCCGUCUUUCCUGUUCAAAGUUGGUGCAUUGUUGAGUCAAUAUGCGCUGACGUUAGAUGAAGACGCUCACUCAAAUUUAUUUCACUCGCAAGGACGCCUGCGCUCUUCCAGCCUAUCGGUAACCCGUGAUGCUAGCGCGUUCCACAAGAGCACUGGUGCCCACGUGGCGCACGUUUGUAUCACUCUGAUGCUCAUUAAGCCCUGCGAAUAGCCUUAAGAAGUAUCCAAGAACAAGGCUCCUGUAUGGAUGCCAAAACGUCAAGUUCUCAAUUUUCGGAGCUUGCUCGGCGUCUUCGUCCAGUUUCACAGUGAUUCCUCCUGACCCGACGAGAUUUCGUCACAAUAUCAAUUUCAUCCAUGCAUGACGUCACGUUUUGCAGCUCGCCGAUGCAGUUCGAAUGGCUGCCGCAGUGAGACACGUGAGAAUGCAAUGCUACAUAGGGAUUGUGUACGAAGGCUGCCUAUAGACCAUACGUUCGUUAUCGAUCAAUGAGCAGCGGGAAAUGCACAUCCGCGUUCUUGAGGACUGUGGAAAGCGACACCAUGCAGACCUAUUGUACGCAUGGGUGUUUGACUUUCGUGACGUGACAACGUGCACCUGGCUUCCAAAACACGAAACUGCAGAGCCAGGAAGGCGUCGGAGCGAAAAGUGCGUGGCUGUGCUCUGUUGCAGUUCUUGUGCGCUCCUUCUGCUCAAAGCUGUUGGUCGGCGAAGUUCAAGCUUCCUCACACCACAGCGUAUGUAACGUCGUAUGAUGUCACGGAUAGCUACGUCAAAACUACGUUCACACAAACUGGAUGACGAUCGAAGGGUACAGGAAGCGAAUCGGGCAAUUUCUGUGUGGACGCGUACACUGAACUGUCAAGCAAGAGUGCAGGGUGCUAUGAUGCGCACUUAGCUGUGAAUACGGCUAAUUCAGUUAUGUCUAGCAUUCGUCACAUGGUGAAUACCGGCCAAAUAAUUCUCAUUCAGGGGAAAGGUUGUCGGACUUUCUUUUCUUUAUUGCUUUCCACCUCCUUCACGCUACAUGUCUGUCCGUAUUUCUAAUACCCUUACACCUAACUCGAGCCGUUAGUCAACUGCGGCUUACCGGAACUAAAUCAGCAGUUAUGACUCGUCUGCGAGCCUAUAAUCUUUUAGCGCAUUGCAUGAUAGGGCUUUCCAAGUCCUUGCCGCGGCGCCAUCUUUAGAAAGAAGCGGCAACACCUCUCACUGCAUUGCAAUCAAACAGUCCUUUAGCCGUUGACGUAAAACCCGAGUCGGGUUUUUGAGCUCUAGUAGGCAUACCACAUGAAUCGCAGAUUCGAUUACACCGGUGUUCCACCACAUCGCAAGCCAUCACGAUAUGACUCACGAUACGGCCUUUCGGCCAUGUAUUGAGAAGUGCGCAGUUUAAGAAUUGAAUAUAUGUACAGUGCUCGCGGAAUGAAACGCGUCAAUUUAGGGCUAAACUAAUGCGCGUGCCUUCGUUUCCGCCGUUUGCAGUUCGUGUGACAUCGAGGCAAUUUGGACGCGUACACUUAGAUCAGAGUCCGCAUAACCUAGCGGCAUGGCAUGGUAUACGCUCGAGUAUACUUGCACAUAUGCAGGGAUGUACUAAAUUCUCCCUGUCGCGUUUCAUUCCGUGAGCUCUGUAUACGUGCAAAUGUGGGCUUGCAGUUCUCAAAACAAAGCCCGUCGGUGGUACCAAACCACCGUUAGCAUUCAGCUUCCCUUCGUAGAAGCUUGGUUUCCUCAGGCAUCACCCUGAAACAAUUUCGAGCGAUUCGAUCGAAUCGCUGCUUGAACGUAGCCAAGAAACGCUUGCAAGACCGGGGCACCGAUUCGCGAUGCGGGUGUCAUGAUAGGGGUCACUAACCUUGUCCAGUAUGCCAGCGUCUAGAGCUUUCUUCUCAGUAUAAAUGUGCUUCGAAAGUGCCAAAAAAAAAAGACGAAAUAAAGCAAAAGACGAAAGAAUGCCACCAGACGCGGGCUUGCCACGGCGGGACGAAUUUUCGUGAACCGUUGUUAUACAUACACGCACGCGCUUCCUCGGUAACCGUGUACUUCGAGUGUUCCGUGACAAACGGUUGCCGUUGAAUGUUAAGGGGCCAUUAUUUUUUUCUGAUUUAUUGCCGUGCCAUACACGAGUAAAGCGAUGGACUGCUGUCUGCACCUCCCUACCAAGUCGAGAUAUACAGUUAAGAGGCAUGUGACGGUCGUUAAUUUCAAGCGUGUUUACAGCCCGAGUAACGAAGGCGAGAACGUGUUAUUUCACUGCACAUUCUAACGAAAAACACCGCUUUUGAUCCUACCUUGUUCCACAAGCCGUAGCAACCCAGAAAUGUAGACUUCAGGUUCACCAGAGAACGAGUGGCCUUAUAGACCAUAGCGGGAUAAAUCUUUUGGUUGCCGCCACGUUAUUCUGCGAAUUCGCGGACUUUAUUAUCUUCACAACGUUUCCCAGCGUUCGGAGUUUCUAUAGGCCUAAGCAUUCAGUCACCGAUGGUUUUCUAAUUGUCGUGUGAGGACGUGGAAUUUUUCUCGAAGCAGGCAUGAAAUAAAACCUUACCGGGAUGUUAGAAUUCACACACGUUGAUGACCGCGUGGCCGUAAAACGAUUCACUCUUAACGGAAGUGAAAAAAAAAAAAAAAACUUCACUUAGGCGCGCGACAUUGGUGUCCGGAACUGUCUACUACUCCCUUUUUUUUUUAAUUCUUCGAAGGGCCUUUCGCUUUCGAGUUUAUUUGCCGCUGAGUUUCAAAACCUCUUAGGGUUUAGGCAAGUUAAUAAAUAGACAAAAACAGGUACCACUGCUUGGUUGCAUGCAUUUUCUCUCAACAUUCAUGUGUCAUGUGAACCGUACGCUUAUACAGUUGAUUGAUUGGCUCCUGAGCCUCGCAUCUGCCGCGACCCCUGUGUGUAACAUAGCAAGCAACACAUCGAUGUAAAUGCGCGGCACUUUGUCUCUUGUUUUUAUUUUUUCUUUAUUUCGUCAACGCCACUCUCGUCUGUAUAACCUGUGACUAUAGCUUCUUUGUCUUAACUUCGAGACACAGUACAAAAGAGUCCGUUGUUCGUUUUUUCCCCAGUUGCCAUUUUUUUUCGGAAGGUUGUAGUAUUUAUUUCCUGUGACAUUUCGCGAAGGAAGUUGUGUGACCGCGUUCUUGGCAUUGUUUCACUGUCUUCUCGCCUUCUCUCUCUGUUAACUCUCCGAGUUCCUUCUCCCCCCCCUCCCCCUCUUUCUUUUUUUUUUCCUGCAUGCUUGUGUGUUUGUGUAUGUGCGUAGUUGCCCACUGUCUGGAACUGGCUCGAGGUGGCACUGGUUCAAGAAAAAGAGUUGUGAAGCAUGCUGAACUGUGACUGUUGUUCGAGUGUAAAGGCAUGCGCGUGUUUUUUCCUGCCCACCGGCGACAGUGAUGUACUGGCCCGCAGAGCUGGCAGGCUGUCGCCAGGAGUAUAUACUUGGUGUCGAUCCUUUUAACCCUGUGCGCUCACCCCUCGUAAAUUUGCUCGUCCGGUGGCCGCGUCGCGUUUUUCUUUGCGGUGGCAAUUAAAGUGCUUUUAGGCGUGGCCUUAAACCUCUCGUUGAACGAAUUAAUCUUAGCCGCGUGUUGGUACAAGGCUUCUUGCUGCUGACGUGUCACCUACCCCCUUUUUUUUUCUUUUUUUUUAAUACUUUCACCAUACCCUGACGUUCCUAUUCACAUCCAUGCGGGGUUCUUAAAAUCCGACUCGUAACGCUUAUCCGUAACGCAUAUCGAUCUCCUAACGCUCGUCAUGGCGCGGGAUCUUGCUUCCAUUGUCUUUCAUGACGAAAUUUUAUUGUUAUGCCGUGUGCACCAGAAAUUAAGGGAAAAAAACUUAGGGAAAAAAUUAAGACAGAAAAACCAGGCACUCUGCUUAAAGUUAUGCGAUAAGUAAUUUUCUAGUAUCCAGCUGGAGCUUUUCUCUGGUCGCUGAUAUCCUUCUUGGAGGAAGACAUUAAAAAAUUCUUGAAAUAGGAUAAAGAAUGAUAAAAGCAAAGCUGGGACACAUGAUGUAUUGUUAUUUUUCAGCCUCAAACACAUUCAGUGCUGUAUUUUUUUUUUAAUUUUCUGUCCUGACUGUUAGAUUCGGUUGGACAAAUGUAUUUUUUCCCCGCUCCCCCUUUUUUUAUAACAAAAGUACUGAAUUGAAAUGAUCCAACUCGAGUGCCAUCUUCUUUCGAUUAGAUUACAGACGGCGCUUACAUUUACUUCACGCAAGAGAACCAAGCCAAUGAGCAUGCCGGGCAGGGAUUUACAAUCGAGUUCAUGCCAGCUCCUAAAGGACCGAGCCGGACUGGCGUCUUAAACAGGCCGGUCGACUUGCUUGUCCCGAUACGCAGGUCCGGUUCAGCGUCGAGUCGACGCGAUUUCCGACUCGACAAACUCGCGUCGGUUUUGGUUAAACGAGGCUACGGUGAACCGCGGCCACUUUGCAAGCGGCAGCGAAGGUGUGCGUAGCGCCGAGUCCCAUAAGCCGGCGUCCUUUUGCUCGUCAGUACUCUUGUGUCUCCACCUGGCGGUGGUCAGUGUUACCUCUGCGUGCCCUUCCUCCCUUCAAAGUGUGCGUGCUCGUAGCUGGCUCUCGCUCUGUCUCGAAAGCGUGAGGUGAGGUCGCGCCAACGGUGUCCCCCUGGUUGAGGGCCCGAGCUUCGAAGUGUUGUGCCACUAGUGGCUGCUGCGCUAUGCGCACGACUCCGAGCUGUUCCAGUGCUCAGUCGCCGGGCAGUGGCGCAGAAAAAAAGUUUGUCUCUGCGCCGCGUGUGUACAUUUUGUUUGUUUCUUUCAUAUUGUGUCCAAACUGUGCGUGUAAGUGUGUGCGCAUGAGCGUGAGUGUGUAUACAAGUGAGUGAUGAAAUAAACGGAGUCAA